AUUGGUGGAGCAAAAUAAUCAUUCACGCUAUGGCGGCGCGCACAAAAACGCCUGACAUAAAAUAUUUUGGACAUGCAUUGGCCUAGUUUUCAUCAGAUGUGAACAGAUCAAUGUUAAGUGACUACUUGAAAGAAAAUCACACUUUUUCACGGAAUACGCAAAGUGCAAGACAUUCUCACAGACAAACACUUGGCUACCAAUAACGUCCUCAGAUAUGCCUGCCUUCCGCCAAGUUGGGGAAAAGCAGUUACCCAACCCCAUAUUGUUUAUGGUGUGGUCACCGAAGAGGGACUUAAUCGCUCUCGCAAACAAAGCUGGUGAGCUGCUCCUGCACCGUCUCGCGAACUUCCAGCGCGUGUGGAGUUUGGCGCUCAAUGAGACCACGGGGAAGGAGAUCACGUCACUGGCAUGGAGACCCGACGGCAAAAUUCUGGCCUUCGGUGUGGGGGACAAGAAGCUGGUUGUCCUUUGCGAUGCGGAGAAGGCCGAGGUGCUGCACACCUUCCCUGUGGAGAACCCAGUCACCUGCAUGCACUGGGUGGACGUCCUGGAGGAGAGCAGCGUCCUUACAUCCUUUUAUAACUCUGAAGAUGAGUCCAACCUGUUCCUCCCCAAAUUACCCACACUUCCAAAGAGCUACAGCACAACAUCAAAGAUAUUCAGUGAGGAGAAGUCGGACGAGAUCAUGAAUCUUCUUGGUGAAGUCCGACUGAACGUCCUGGUGCUGGGAGGGGACUCUGGCUUUGUGGAGCUGUACGCGUACGGAAUGUACCGGAUUGCCUCGCUGACUGGAGUGCUGGGGACCUGCCGCAGCCUGUGCCUCUCCAGCGACCUGAAGUCCCUGUCCAUCAUCUCUGAGGUCACGUCCACCAGCCACCAGCCCCAGAUCAGCUACGUCCAGCUGGAUACGGGUCUGCUGUCUGACUGUCUGGCCGAGGUGACCAGGAUGGCCCGCAAGUUCACCCACAUCUCCACACUGCUGCAGUACCUGCGGCUGUCCCUCACCUGCAUGUGCGAGGCCUGGGAGGACAUCCUGAUGCAGAUGGACCUGCGCCUCACCAAGUUCGUCCAGGAGAAGAACACCAGCACACAGGUGCAGGAUGAGUUCCUGGAGCUCCUGCUGUGGGGGAAGUCCAGUCCUGAACUGCAGGCUCUUCUGAUGAACCAGCUGACUGUGAAGGUGAGACAUCACCUGUUAAGGAACACAGACAGUUAAAGUACUCAGUUUAAGUACAGUGUCUGUUAGAGUAUAGCUAUUAGCAUUCUAUCUGUAGACCACCUGCAGAGUGGCUCAGAAGCGCUGCUGUACCACCUGAGUGAGGUGAGGGGGAUGUCACUAUGGAAACAGAAGUUUCAGCCCCUUGGCCUGGAUUCGGCAGCAAUAGAAGAUGCCAUUACUGCUGUGGGGUCUUUCACACUGAAGGCCAAUGAACUUCUGCAGGUCAUAGACAGGAGCAUGAAAAACUUCAAGGCGUUCUUCCGCUGGCUGUAUGUGGCAAUGCUGCGCAUGUCAGAAGACCAUGUGCCCCCAGAACUGAACAAGAUGACCCAGAAGGACAUCUCUUUUGUGGCAGAUUUCCUGUCUGAGCACUUCAGUGAGAAUGAGGAGCUGUUUGAUCGGAAAGGAAAGUACUUCAACGUGGAGCGGGUUGGCCAGUAUCUUAAGGAUGAAGAUGAGGACCUAGUUUCCCCACCAAACACCAGUGGGAACCAAUGGCUCAGCUUCCUGCAGGAGAGCACACACCUGAAAGACAGUCCCCUGCUGUUCCCCACCUACCCCCAGAAGUCCCUGCACUUUGUGAAGAGGAUGAUGGAGGGCGCCAUUGAGCUGUGUCUGCAGAAGCCUGCGGAGAUCAUUGGGAAGUCUGUGAAGCAGGCGUUUUCCAUGGAUCUGUACACAACAGCUCAACGGUCAGAAGACACUCCAAGGCUUUUUGAGUUGCCUGCACUGUGGAAUGAUAAGAAGGCCAGUAUGCAUUACGUGGUUUUCACCAUGCCAGAGGCUUCUCCCUGCCGGCUCUACUUAAUGAGAAGGAGCACUGAUCCCAACAGGUCUGUUCCUAACAGCCUCGUCGCCAUUGAUCUGGCCAACCUGCUCAGCAGCAUUGAUGACAGCACAGAGUCCCCGCAGUACAGUUGUCUGGAUGCUCGUUUCUAUGACGACGAGACGCUAACGGUGGUGCUGCGGGAGACAGAGGAGGAGGAAACCAGUGGGCGUGUCCUAGCCCAGCUGCCACUAAGCUCCGCCCUCAGCAGGGGGGGGGAGUUCGCCUGGGACCCCACCCUCAGGUUGGACCAGCAGAGCGGCGCUAUACCAGCCCAGAGCCUGGUUCUGGAGAACCAGUGGCGCAUGCUGGAGAACAUGAAGGCCCAGCAUGUGGCGGUCAACGGCAUCCGCAAAGUGGCCUGUGUGCUGAGCUCUAACCUACGGCACGUGCGGGUGUUUGAGAUGGACGUGGAGGAUGAGGAGGAUGAAGAGCGGGUGGAGUCGCAGGACGCCAGUGCUGAGCAGGAGCAGCUGGAGGAGACGCUGGGCGGGGAGGGAGAGGGGGCGGCGCAAAGCUCUGGGGCGGCUCCAGAGAUGGCCGAGGAGCCGGGUUCCAGCUCAGACACGCUGUGACCCUACUCUGACCCCGCUGAGCUCCUCCUCCUCCUCACUGAGGAAGGACAAUGAAGUGAUCAAACCUGUGACUGUGUCAGUGGGUGUUCUGGUCCUGGGAAACCCCUUGCGUCAGUAAAAACACUGUGUCCUGUUA